AAUUUGAGUAGUUUUGAACUGUGGCUUAGCCCGCUCUCACGCUACGCUCCUCACUAUAAAUAAUCACUUCACUCUCCACAUGCUUCUCUCUCCUUUUCUCACCCACACUCACUCGCUCAACAACCCUCUGCAUUUCUGUAUCGACCGCAUUUUUCGUUUGAUGAUCGAUCUGCUCCAAUCGAGAGGCUAACGCUGCUCUCCUAGCUCCGCAGCUGCAGUAGUGAGCUCGCUCCUCCGAUUUUAUCAAUCAUGAAGGCAUGCUAAUUUGGUUCCACAAGCUUUUAUUCAAUGAAGCAUGCACUCAUGAAUGACGAGAAUAGGCCAUCCAACCUUGGGGAGCCUACUGCACGAGUCACAAGAGCCCGAGCAAAGUUCUUAGGCUCAUCGAGCGGAUUGCCACUACUAUAUCCUUCAGCAAAACAAGAUGACAAAUGUGUCUCACGAGCAAGCUUGAAAAGAGCUGCACCGGACAAAUCAGCAGGGAGUUCAGCUGCUUGUCACCCGAAUAAGAAAAGGGCUGUUCUUAAGGAUGUAACCAAUGUCAACUGCAAAAAGUUGUACACAAACUGCAUCAAUGCAGCGAAAGGUCAGCCUAUCAGGCAGGACAGGAAAGGGUCUUUACAGAAGAAAGGAAAGGUUGAGCCUGCUUGUUUUGCUAAAGGUUCCCAGGUGUUGGAAGUUAAAAUCGAAAACAUAGUGGAUGAGGUAAAGCUGGAGGGAUCCCAGGAUACUUGUCCUGCUGUAGACUUGCCAGCGGAACCAACUAAAAUUACAAAUGAAGUGUCAGUUGCAGCAGGUUCGAGUCCUCUGAAGAUAGAUUCCAUCCAACAAAUUUCACUAUGGGGUCCAUCUGUUAGAGAUGAAGGCAAGCUUUGCAUGAAAGAGGAGAGCUUGGAAGCUAAGGGAGUUAUUGAUAUAGAUUCAAGACACAGGGACCCACAGAUGUGUAGCCCCUAUGCAGCUGAUAUAUAUACUAGUUUAUUUACAAGACAGGUCGACCGAAAGCCUUCACCGGAUUACAUGGAAAAGUUGCAGCGUGACAUCACCAAGGGCAUGCGGGGUAUUUUGAUUGAUUGGCUUGUGGAGGUUUCGGAAGAAUAUGAGCUGGUUCCUGAUACUCUCUACCUCACUGUAAAUCUUUUAGAUAGAUUCCUGUCUGAGAAUUACAUUGAGAAGCAAAAGUUGCAACUUCUUGGUGUAACAUGCAUGCUAAUUGCAUCGAAGUACGAAGAAAUUUGUGCACAUCGUGUGGAAGAAUUUUGCUUUAUCACCGACAACACCUACAAAAAAGAAGAGGUGGUGGAAAUGGAAAGCCGUGUUCUGAACCUCUUGAAAUUCCAAUUAUCCGUUCCCACCACGAAGAAGUUCCUCAGGAGGUUUAUUCAAGCAGCACAAGCUUCUUAUAAGGUUCCUUCUGUUGAGCUGGAAUUCCUGGCAAAUUACUUAGCAGAACUAACUCUGGUCGAGUACAGUUUCCUCAAAUACCUUCCAUCCGUAACUGCUGCCUCUGCUAUAUUCCUAGCUAGAUGGACUCUUGAUCAGUCAGACGAUCCAUGGAACCCGACUCUGGAGCACUACACGAGGCACAAGGCAUCAGAGCUGAAAAACACAGUUCUAGAACUGCAAGUAUUGCAGCUGAACAAAAAAGGAGGCAUGCUCAAUGCCAUCCGUGAAAAGUACAAGCAACCUAAGUUCAAGUGUGUCUCAACUUUGCGCUCACCAGAAUCUGUCGAGUCACUCUUCUAAGCUUAAAAGAGCAUCGUUUACUGGUACUAUUUAUUGCAGCCAGCUGACAUGGUAAAAAACACCACAGCCACUGGCAGAUAAGUAAGUGGGCGACUAAUUGAUGCCGUCCCCAUUCUUUUCUCAUACUUCUUGCAGCAUCUCUCACUCUCACCAUUGAUGUUGUAAACCAAUCAGCUCUGGUGCUUCCAGAAAUGCUUUUGUAAUGGCAAGAAUGAUAUGAGAAGCUACUAAUUUAUAAAAGCACAUAAUGCCUCUCGGCUUUUCUUUUCGACUUAAUUGUGAGAAUUCUGGUAACUUGUA